CGGUUAUUUCAUUACAAAAUAACCCGUUCUCAAGACGUUCACUGGAAGAGAAAAACAGGAUAAAGGAGCUUGGACCUGACCGACCUGAUUUACAUAUGCAGCAGCAGGCGAGUGAUCGGGGGCGAGCUUACACCCGGGUAUUCUCCCGCUCAUACUAUGCUAAGCGGAGCUGGCUAGCAGGCUGCUGUGUGAGUAACGCUUUUUAUUGUUUCCCGUGUUUGCUGUUUCAAACUCUUGGCACCGAUGCGUUGUGGACCACAGCAGGGGUUCGAGACCUCAAACACCUCUCUGAGAAAUGCAAACGGCACGAGAGCAGCCGAAGCCAUUUAGACAACUGUUUAAGGCUGACUUUUUUUGGACGGCACAGCAUAACUGAACAGCUCAAUGAAGGCUACAGGAUUAGCAUCAGGAGGCACAACAAAGAGGUGACCAAAAAUCGACAUAUUCUGUCUAGAAUAAUAGACUGUCUUAAAUUUUGUGGAGCCUUUGAGUUGGAUUUACGAGGCCACGAUGAGAGCGAGAGCUCAGACGACCCUGGGAUUUUCCGUGGCUUGGCGGACCUCGUUGCCUCUCUUGAUGGGGUGUUGAAAGAGCACCUGGAGAACGCCACAGUAUUCAACGAGACCUCAAAAACGGUGCAGAAUGAGCUGCUGGACUGUAUGCUGUCUGUUGUGAAGGAGGAAAUCAUCAAAGAAGUCCAGAGCAGUGAGUUUUUAUCCAUUCAGGCAGAUGAAACCAUGGAUAUGGCCACUCAAUCCCAACUUAUGCUUGUACUGCGCUACAUUGAUCCAAGAAACAACCUGCAGGAAAGAUUUUUUGAGUUCAUCCCCAUGCAGUCACCUACAGAAGAGUCCAUCUCCACAGCACUGAAAGAGCGUCUUGCCACCAUUCUUCCUGAUGAUCAGAAAAGUAAGCUCAUUUGUCAGGCAUAUGACAGAGCCAGCGUGAUGAGAGGUGCCACCGCAGCCAUUCAGAAGAAGAUACAAGACCUGUACCCCAACGCCCACUACAUCCAUUGUUACGCACAUCAGCUCAACCUGAUCAUGCCACAAGCCACCUCUCACAUAUCCAAAGUUAGGAUCUUCUUUUCUGACCUUUCUGGCUUUGCCAGCUUUUUUUCAAGAUCCCCCAAGCGAACGGGGGUGCUUGAUAAAACUGUAGCCCAUAAGUUGCCAACAUCAAGCCCUGUCAAGUGGAACUUUCACAGCUGUGCCAUCAACACAGUGUUUGAGCACAGGGAGGACCUCAUUCGCUGUUUUGAGACCAUACGGGACUCCGGUGACUUUGACCCCAGAACUGUCAGAGAAGCAGGAGCCUUCGCCAUGCUACUGGAGGAUCCGGACUUCAAGUUCUUCCUGCAACUUUUUCAUCGCAUCAUGCCACACGUGGACCUCCUUUAUGCCAAUCUUCAAAAUAAAACUAUUGAUGCGGUCCAUGUCAACAGCUGUAUCCAGCAGUUUCAACAGGACAUCCUACUGAUCAGAAAUUCUCUCCAUUCGAUGGUUGAGCUAAGCAGUGAGGAGAGCAGCAGCUGCCGUCCAACAAAGAGACAUCGGGUGAGGAGUCCAGAAAACCAUCAGAGGAUCGCAGAAGAGGUCUGCGACACCAUAUUAGCACACACGAGGGAACAAUUCUCCCUCACGAACCAUCUCAUCAGUGUCACUUUGCUGCAGGGAGACAGGUUCACACAGUACCACACCAUGUUUCCGGAAGAUGCCUUCAGCAGCACCUUGAAGGCCUACCCGAUGCUCAACGGAAGCAAGCUGAAGACAGAGCUCAGUCUCAUCUACAGCAAGGAGGAGUUCAAGGCCUGCUGUGGUGUUGUGGAUCUCUUUGAAUUGUUCAUGGAAAACAAUCUUGGAGAGGUCUUUUCAGAGACUGUUACACUCCUAAAGAUCCUCAUCACUACACCUAUGACCACCACAGAAGUUGAGAGGUGUUUCUCCACCAUGAAAAUAAUCAGAACGUUUCUCAGAAACACCAUGAGCCAGGACAGGCUGAAUGCACUGGCCAUGCUGUCAAUGGAAAAGGAACUGGUGAUGGAGAUGAUGGACUUUAAUCAGAGAGUCAUUGAGAAAUUUGCAGUCCAGAAAGAAAGGAGGGCAAAAUUUUUGUUCAAAUAGUGGCUCUGAAUGGUGUUGAGCAAUAAAGUAGGCUAUAUUGUGAUUUUGAUCUAUCUUUAGUUUGUUCUUUUGUCGCUCACAUAUGAAGUGCUUUUUUAUUUUGUUUUCUCCAAAGGUGCACCCCCUUAAAAUUUUUAGCACCAGCCAUCAAGGUAUACAUUUGUGACUUGGUUUGUAUUAAGGCCUCAUUAAAAAAAACAGCCCACAUGCCGGAAUCGGCCUGCAUCAAUUAAUUUAUUUAUUUUGGCGUAUUGCAUUGACUGCGGUACAGCUGGUGCAAGAACUGGCAUGUCCGCUAGGGGGCGGGUGUGCUUUGCCUGAAGACGUUCAAAGUUUACUGACCAGGGCCCUGUAUUUACCACUUGACAAUGGCGGUAGCUUGGGCGCUGUAAGUACAACGGUUGCAAGGUGAGUUUUUCCUCGGGGAAUUGUAGCGCUGUGCUGACACAUUCUAUUCCAUGUGCCUUCUGGCAAACUAGCUGAAAUUUCAGAUAGUCUUUUGAAGAAAAUCCUCUCUUGCUGUAUCAGAAAGCUUAAAAAUUCAACAUUUUUUUCUGAUGUCGGAUGAUAAAGUUUUUUUUAAUGGGGCCUAAUUGAUCUGGGGCCUGUUUCAGGAAGGGGGGGGGCAACAAUCGCUUGCACUCUCUAGGUUGUGGUGGAUGUUCUGAACAGGAUCAAAACAAUUUCACCUACAGUCACCCUUUACACGCCACAAACGCACAGUCUGUGAAAGGCUGAAAAGCAUCGGGUUCAGAAACUAAAUCCAUAAUACAACAGGGUGUAGCAGACAGUUAACACCACUGAAUGCUGUGCACAUGCAGUACACACGCAGAGGUCACUCGCUGGCGAGUGGUGACUAUAGCUCGGCAAUGGUUGCCACUAACAUGCCACCCACAUGCCUUCUGUGUGAGUGGUGCCAAAAUCAUGCAACCAUAACCUCAGUCACUGAAACAGCAGCUCAAGUACCUUUUUAUAAUCUUAUGACCCCCUCAACCUCUCUUUUGACAUCCGUUAGCUCUGAAUAAAUUAAUUGUAAUUUGUUUUCUUUAAAAAUAUUUUUAGAUUGCUGGUGCUUGCAGGUACAGAUCUCGUGUCUGUGUCAAGGCACCCUCUGACCUCUGUAUCCCACUUUUCUCAUU